UUAGAGCUGUCAAAAUAUUUUGUUGACAAGCCAGGCUACAGUUUGUAUCCCAAGUUUCUUUGAAGAAGGGGAAACACCCUGUAGUUUCUUUAUUGUCAUCGAAAACAGAAUGUUGCUCUGUUGCCUAAAUGAGUAAAACUAAAUGAUGAUCAGCGAUUCAUAAUGAAUCAUUGGUUGAUUAUAUCUGAAUGACAAAUUUGUAAUGAUAAAAAACAUUCUGGUAACGUGACCAAGCAACUUUCAGUUUCAUAAACAUCAACAUGGCUGAAGAUUCAAAAGAAAUGGAGACAAAGUUUUGCAAAAAUUGUAAAAGAGACAUCAGUGCUGUUAAUUUUGUUAUGCAUGAGAUGCACUGUAUGCGUAACAUUACAUUAUGUAAGCACUGUCAAGAACCUGUACCCAAGGGAGAAAUUGAUCUACAUUUCGAAGAAACUCAUGCAAAGAUUGCUUGUCAGAAAUGUGGUGUACAGGUAGAGAAAAGUGUCCUAGAAAAACAUGAGGAGGAUGAAUGUUCCAAAAGAUCAAUGAAAUGUUUAUAUUGUGAACUGGAAAUGCCAAAGAUUGAACUAGACAAUCAUUUAGAUUAUUGUGGUACAAGGACAGAGGAAUGUGUAAAGUGUGGACAAUUUAUCAUGAAAAAAGAUGACUUAAAACACGAAGAAAGUAACUGUACUUACCCUACUCCAAAACCCUUGACAGAUAAUACGUCAAGUAGAAAUCAUGCAAAUGGCGGAAGCAGUGUUCUAUUACCAGAUCAGCUUUAUAGAACUGAAAUUGAUCCUUUUAUGUUUGAAGAAAUGAACAGAAUUUUACGAACAGAGGAUAUACAUGAUAUAUAUGGUGCAGCAGGGGGACCCGCCAAUCCUAUUGUUAAUGACACCAGACGUGAUAAAAUGAAAUUUACAAAGAGCAAAACAAAUAAAAAAUCAGAGGUUAAUAAGCAAAGAGAGAGGACAAAUCAGAGAUCAGAGCCAGUAUUUGAUCCCCGAUCCAAUCCAGUUAAAAACAGCAGCCAGGAGGAACAAGACAGAUUGUUAGCCAUGCAUCUUAGCCAAGACCUCAAUGAAGAGGAUAAUCUACAAGACAUUAUCAGGCAGCUUGAUAAGCCAUCAGUAGUACCAAGGGGAGGAAACUCCUCCAGUAGACUGGACAGGAAUGUUUCUGAUAGUUAUGACAUUGAACCUGAUCAUGCAGAUAUCUCACUUUUACCAUGUGAGUUUUGUGGAGAAGCUAUUCCCAUAGAUGACUUAGUCAAUCAUCAGAGCCAUUGUACAGAUGACCCGCUAAGCUCUCUGAUGCCACAAAUCAAUAAUAGAGAAGAUCCUGGUUGGAGCUCAGGAAGAAUAGCUCAAGAAACGACACCACUUCAGCUGGACAAUAGACUGAGAUCUCAAGAAACUACCCGACAUCAACCCUCUGUGAUAAAUAAUCUAGAUUAUGGAGUUACACAGAAUAUAUGGGCUGGUGACAGUAACAAUGAAGAUAUACAUGGAUUGAUAGAUUUAGAUAGACACGGACCUGAUAGUGAUAACUUUAUGCUUCCCUGUGAAUUCUGUGACGAACUCUUUCCACAAGAUGUUCUAGUACAGCAUCAGGCUGUAUGUGAACCAAACAGUUCCAUGACGCCAAGAGUUGCCUCCCCAGCUGUACAACGCCCUCCAAAGAAACAGAAUAAUGAACCUACUUUACACUCUGAUAGAUAUCAACCCCCUUCAAACUUAAGUGAGAUUUUACGGAAUAGUAGUAGAACAUCGAAUUCAAGAACAGGAAGUAGUGCCAGUAAAGAUGAACCACCAUCCAAACAUUUGAGGGAAACAUUACAUAAAUAUGGGGUUGAUAUGAAAGAACCUAAAAUUCCAGGGCGUAGGUAUUCAUCUACCAAUGAUAGUGACGAGGAAAAUCACUCUACACCUAGAAGAUUAGGUCAACCAAAGCGAACUGAUAGUGCUGUACGGACAAGAAAUACAUUAGAAAAUUUACUUUCGCCUGACCAGCCUAGUCCAGCUUUCGAUUUUCUUGGACAUAUAAAUGGUGGGAAACGUAAACAAAGUAAAGAUAAUAUAAACGUUUCUCGGCAGAAUCAUACCACUGGAUAUACACCAUCAUCUCUUUCCGGAGCAAGAGGAGACACAAAGACCAGUAAACCAACAGGUACCAGUAGGAAUGUAAGAAGAGAUCAAGAUGGCUUUGGUUUUGGUGUAGAUACUAGAACUAACAGAACUAGUACAAGGCCUACAGCAGAUAUCACACCAGUUACAUCAAGUAGGACUAGAUAUCAACCUAGCACUACUCAACCUCGUACAUCAGCACUGGAUUCUUCAGGAAACAGUAGGAGAAAUCGUACAGCAGUUUUUGAUAAUGGUAUUAACAGAAACAAUAAACCACCCAGUAGAAGACAUCAAGACCAGCUGUAAUAGUGAACAUUGAGAUGUAUAUACAGUAUAAACAAACUGUUAAAAACAUUUUUGGGGCCUUUUAGAAUUUUUCUUAUAGUAUAGGCUUAUGCUCAUUGUUAUAGGACAAUUGCUAUAUUAUAACAAAAGUGUUGGGCUGAACCUUUGUACAAAAAUCCUUUUCAGUGUCCAUGAAGUACAGAUAGUCUUAUUCUUAUAUAUUAAUUUGAAAUUGAGUUUUUUGCAAUGUAUUUGGAAGGCCUUCAUUCAGUCAGGGGCAUUACUUAAACAAGUAAUUUUUUUUAGUUACUUAUAUAAGGUAAUAUUUGUUUUUGAAAAUUAUUUAAUUACUCAAUAGAGUUAUUUUAUAUUUCAAUAGAAGCAUGGACUAAAUGCAGUUUUCAUGGGUUUUUACAUCAUUUUAUUACAUAAAAUUAAGAAUCUAUUAAAUUUGAGAGAAGUUUAGAGAUAAAAGGUUACUUUAAAGAUAAUGACAAAAAUAUUACUUGAAUAAGUUAUUUUAUACAUCUUUAAAAGAAUUAGUAAUUACAAUUAUUUAAGGAACAUAUGUAAUUGUUUUGGGUUACAAAUUAUAAAUAACUUUAAGUCUUAAUUAAAUCACAAGUGUCUAUCUAUUUAUAUCUGUCUACCUUCAAGAUUUUCAAGGAAAAUGAUAUUUUAAUAGUCCCAAGAGACCAAUCUUUGACCAAGAAGCGUCGAUAUGAAAGAUAAGUGCGUCGGAAAGGCAAUUAGUGUUUCAGGAGGAUUCAUUUUUAUAUUUCAUGGGAAAAAUAAUCAGAUGACUGUGAAAAUUUGUUAAAGCUAGUAAAAUCUGUAAUAAUGGACACCUUUAAAAAUAAUAUUUAGAAAAGUACUUAUAUAAGUAAUAUUUAAUAUAGCCUCGUUUUCAACAUUACUUGUAUAGGUAAUUUUAAAAGUUACUUGUUUAAGUAAUGCCCCUGACUGUCAUAUUAUAACUGUGAAUUUUAACCGAUUUUGAAUUAAACAGAUUUAAAAAAAUACUCUUGUUAACUUUUACAGUCAUAACUUGCUGCAGUUAAGUCAUCUUUUGUAAUAACUUGUUAAGGGCUAUUCCAUUAAAAUGUAUGUGGGAGGGUAGGAAGGGACUUUCAAAAUAUCCGUACAACCAAGAACCAUUUUUUAGAUAAUUUUGCAUAAUGGUUAUUAACGCAUACUGAAAAAAGACCCAUGACCCACAUUCAAUAAUUAAACUUCCCUUCCUAACCUCCCACAUACUUUUAAUGGAAUAGCCCUAAUAAUAGAAAAACAGAUGUGGUGUAUUUAUUAACCAAAGCAAAUUCAUUAUAAAUUUUCUUUUUGUUAAUAAUCUAGAAAAAAAACCAUUUGCACUAGAAUUAUGUACAUAUGCAGCAUAUGAUGCUGGUGAAAUUAUAUUUUUAUAAAGUGUUUUAUAUAUUGGAUUAUUCCAAAGAAAGUUAUGGUGAAAAUUUAUGCUGUGCAUGAAUUGUGAAUCAAUUAAUGAACUGUUAUUGUCUCUGUUUUUAUUGUUGCAACCUGAGAUUUAGGUUUAUUGCAUAAUUUAUGAAUUUGAAAUUUGUCUUCAAAAUGUAUCAUUCAAAAAUAUUAUAUAGUAAAUUUUAAGGUCAGACAAACUAACUACACAUUCAAAAAUUGAAUAACUUAUUCAUAAGGAUUACUAGACCAAGACCUCUCUCUCAUGGAGGAAAUCACUCAUAAUAUAAACCAGGAAAGAUGGCAGGUCUGUACAAUCAUACUUCAUGAAAUUUUAUGAAACUUUGUAUUUAUAUAAGCUUUUUUUAUGAUUAAGAGAUGACUUCUUAAGCAAAAUUUUGAAAAUAUUUUUUUUCCUUUCUCAGAAUGUCACUGAUAGAUUGGCUUUGUUUUUAGCAAUUAACAUUUAAAGACAGUCUUCAAUUACUUUAUUGGACAUGAUGAAUUUGUUAACCUUAAUGGAUUGUUGUGAAACUUGGACAGGCGCUUAUCUUAGGGAUCAAGAUAUAGCAUCUGAAGAAAAAAGUUUGAAUUUUUAAUAAAAUGUUCGCAUUUUGCUGAUUAAGGGACUUACUUUUUACAGUCAACAUUACACUGACAACAGCAAUAGCAGGCCAGAAUCAGGGUUCCAGAACCCUUUACAAAUUUUGUUAUGAUUGCUUGCAAUUUUCAUUAAAGGUGCCUGUAUACUAUUUUUGUAAAAAGUUUGUGUGAGCUGUAAAUCUCAUAACGAUUUUACAAAAGUUAUUUUCCACUUGAUCAGUGUUUCCAUAAAUGUAUACAGCAGUCUUUGACAUUUUAACUUUUCUGUAUUCUUUUCAACAUGUGUUUUAGCAACUUAGUAAUAGGUUAAAAAUUUCAAAUAAUUACCGUGAAGACUUUUUGGGGGGUUGGUUUUGGUUGGUUUUGAUUUGUUAUUGUAUUUUUUUUCAAUAACCAAUUCUAAUAUAUGAACUGAAGGGCUUGUAAAUUUCAUGUUAAGGAUUAUUUCUCUUUUAAUUUAUUUUGAUAUAGCCUUGUAAAUUCCUCCAUUUAGUCAUAUAGUGCAUGGAAUGUCACAUUUUUGUUUAUCAGGGUAUACAUUUAUUAAUAUCAAACUGUGUUUGUGUUUAAUUAGUCAGGGGACUAUGUCUCAGUGUCACACUGGAAAGUUCAAAGAAAAUUGACAAAUGUACUGAUGUAAAUCAUUUUAAAGUAGUUUUAUGAUAUAUGAAGGCCUGGUGUAGGUUUACAGAAUAGAGAAUAAUGCGCAAAAAAAUAGGCAUAAGAAAUAAAAAUUAGAGAAUACUAUGGGGUGAAAAUAUAAAUAAUACAGAUUAAUCUGAUAAUGUGAAUAAAAAGCUUAAAAUAUAGAAAAAUGGCCCAAACAUUAAAGAAUUCAUAAAAUAACAGCCCAUCCCCCCAAAUCCUGACCCUCUUGUAUAAAUCGUAUUGGUUUAAAUCAAAUGAACCAAAUGUUCAUUUCUCUUCCUAUGUUGACAAUUUUCUGCAGUAGUUUAUUUCAUACAUUUUCAAACUCUGUCAAAGGAGGAGUUAUGAUAAGAGUAAUAACUUAGACCUUGAAAUUGCAAAAUUAGUAAAAUUCAUCAAUUCCUUGUUGUUUUUUGUUUUUUGUUUUUUUAAUGUCAUUUCAGAUACCUUGGCUAUAUUGUUAUGGCCAAUUUUAAUUGGCUGAGGAAGCUGGAGUUCAUGCGAACUGGAAAACCUUGUCAAUAAAUGCUGUCAUUCUGAAACAAUGUAUAGGUGUACGAGGGUAACACUUUCCUGCUAUGUAAUCCUCACUUGUGUUCCCUUCUUAAAUAACCAAUUAUAAAAUUCAAAACAAAAGGGGACAUAUUGAAUAAUAAGUCAGGAAAAGUCAUUGGAGAAAAAUGUCAGUUUUAACCAAAUGUUGAGUGAAAAUAUGUUCUUUAAUUAGUAUUAAAUACUUUUUAAAAUGUUUAAUAAAUAUGUGUGUUUUGCGUUGCUGUUCUAUUGAUGCUUUCCCCACAUCCUCUUUUAUUCCUAUAUAAUUUCAGACCUUAUUGUGGGCAUUAACUAGUGUUCAUCUUUAGCAAUAGACCAUAACAUGACAGAUUAAUUAAUGGGAUUCCUGCACAUGUGGUUAUGGAAUGUUACCAGCAACAAUUGAAAUGCCUCUUAUUUGCAUUUAAAAAAACAUCACCUUUAUUCCUGCCUUUGGAUUUUUUUUUAACAUUUUAUUUUACUCAUUGAUGAUUUAUAUCACAAUGAAACCUGCAAUAAACAAACCCCAUGCAACUUAUACAAAUAAUGGGACUUUUUCACAUACACCGACUAGUAUUGUGCCAUAUGAGAUCGACCCCUCCUGUUGUCCCUCUUUGUUGUUGUUGUUGUCGGUGUCAUGUUUUAUGUUAAUUAGAAUCUCUUCGAAAACAGAAUCAACCAAUUUUACAACGAUGCUUCUUCACCACUUGAAGUUAGGCUCCUGAGUUUUUGGCCAAUGGUUUCAGGGUUUCUCAUACUAAAAUUUGACUUGAUAAAAAUAUUUGCUAUCAGUUUGUUAAUCCACAACUCAUUAAAAAUGGCUGUAUACAAUCAGGCACACUUUGCACAGAUUUUUCUAAUAAACAGGAAGUUGUGCAUCUUCUAUUUUGAUUUUAAAUAAGUGAUUAUUAGAGUUUCUCAUACCAGAACAUGGACAUAGCUAUUUCUGCUUAUAUUAUUUGAAGACAGCAGCGACACAUGUUAAAGUUAUUUUAUUUUUCUAAAUGGAAUACCUGUUUUAUCCAAAAAAAUCUAUGAGGGUUUCAGGUUAAACAGCUCUCACUGUAUUAAAUGAAUAAAAUGUGAUCAUUAUUAGAUUGCUUUGUAAUAUUGGUAGAUCAGUCACAUUAUUUGAGUCUUAUACUUCAGUCUCUGUUGACAAGUUGUUCUAUUAUGUACUGGUUAAUUUUAAAACUGGAAGGCAUUUGAUGCCAAAAUUAUUUUUAAUUUCUAUGUAUUUGAAAUUUAAAUGUUUAUUCACAGUUGUAAAAUAAAAUAGGCCAAUUUGAACAAGGCCAUUAUCAUAA